AUGAAAGAGUGGCAAGAGCAGAAUCCGAGUGACAAAUACUUCUUUCGCAAAUACAAUGAUAUUUGUGAAGAGGCUCCUGAGAAGGACUCUGUUGAAGAAGAUAAUGAUGCAGAGGAAAUCAAACUUACAUCUCCCCUCUCGUGUCAGAAAUUCCUCCUUGUCCAUCAAACAUCGUGGCAAAGACGUCUAUUGGGCAAAUAUGGUAAUGACAUUUGUCUUCUGUAUGCCACCUGUAAGACAACCAGGUAUUCUCUACCUCUUUUCUUCCUGGCAGUAAAGACAAAUGUCGAUUACCAGGUCGUGGCCAAAUUUGUUAUGCAAGAUGAAGGAACUGAAACCAUCAAGGAAGCUCUGGAGAUCAUAAAAGAGUGGAACCCAGACUAG